AAGAAGGGGGAAAGAACAUAAAUGGAUUUGCGGUAAUCUGCUUCCAGCUAUACGUGAGCCUACAGUGUUAGUGAGAACAUCUCGACAUUAACAAUUGAAUUUGUAAGCGCGUCUCUUCCAUUAUAAGAGAUCGGAUGAGGAUUAUGGCGAUAGGACAGAUAGUCGUUUUAUCCGCUUUGUUCGCCCAAACCUUAUCCGCCCCAAGCGGCUGCAUAGAGUCUUGCGACUUCUACCGAACGUCCUAUCAGAGCCGCCACACGUCGGGCAGUGAUCAUGCAGGUUUAAUUCAAGGUAGUACGAAUUUGAACAAUUAUGAUUACACCAGGCCAGGAAAUUGGACCGAACGUAAUCAGUACAAUACGGAUAGCGGGCAUGGCAAGGUUCAUGAAGAACGGGGACAGUAUGUGGAAGGAUCAAAGAGAGUACGGUUCUACAAGAAAAAUUUUACGUCGUCUUAUGGUACGGGUAAUGUAGAUGGGGCAACAGAGUUAAGUGGCCAACAUAGGUACGAUUCGUUGCACAUUCCGAAUAAUCAUCUCGAGUCCCAAGGUACACAGUUGGGGCAGGUUACGAAGGAGAGCGGAUACAGUAGGGUGCACAGUCAACAGUCGUCUACGAGAGUCGACAAUAAAAGCGAGAGACUCGAAGAUUUUGGAGAAUAUGGCGGACAUUCGCAACAUGGAGUUAACGUUCCAACGAUAGAGACCAUACCGGAAAAUUGGAGCAGAGUAGAUUCUUACAGGACCGACGGUGGUCAAGGACGCGUCUUUGAGGAGGAAGGCCAAUACGUAUCCGGGCCCAAAAAGGUCCGCUAUUACAAGAAGAACUACACCUCGAGCUACAGUACAUCAGGUGACGCUGUCUCGCCGACGCUGGAUAAAUUACACAGCGAGCUACAGAAGAAUCUGCACGGAGAGCUUGAAAAGUUCAGACAAGAUUUUCAUCAUCAAACCGCCAGCACCACAGGUAUGACUCAGGAAGCGGUCCAUAGCUUCCACAGCAACGAUCUCCAGACCGCCGAGAGUGAGAAUACUUACGGACAACAGCAAUUAUCAGGUUACCGGCGCGUCCCAUCUACUGAAACUGUCCGUCAUUAUACCGAUCAACAACAGACGGAAAUUGCUGAUACAGGGAGACAACGAAUGGUGUAUCCCAUCCCGAACACUUAUGACACGGAGAGCCAAAGAACCUAUCAGGGUCAUGAGACUUAUGUAUCUCGAGCGCAUCCCAUUCCACAAUCAAAUCCCCUGCCUCUCAGUUAUCCGGUGCCAGUUACCGGAGGUAAUUACCAGACGGCGAGUUACUCGCAUUUGGGCGGACGUCAAGUAGACGAAAUCCAACGGUCGGAAAUCUCGGGUGCACAUCAGUCCGGCGUGGCGCAGAAUCGGCUCUUUACCGAGCGCGUAUACAACCCGAACCCGGAUUACAAUGUUCAUCCCGGCAGACGGGAUGAAACCAGACACUAUCAAGAAGAGCACUGGCAAAGUUCCUCGAGUCACGGGGGAAAUCCAGCUCCCGAACGUAGCGCGGAUCUCUCGUCGUACGGGACUGGCAGUAGAACGCAUUACGAUCGGGAUGCAUACAAUGAACAACGCGGUCGUUACCAUAGCAGAGCACAUGGAUAUGAAUCUCAUGGAAAUAGUUACAGUUCCGGGUACGGAACCAACUCAGCGGGGCAGCAACUUGUCGCUGCCGGAUCAUCUUUAGAUCUGGGGCAAGGGACGCACAGUGCCGAUUGCACCGGGGAGACUCACCAACAUUAUCAACACGAGAGCAGUUACCACAGAAAGUACAAACGAGACGAUCAACACGUGCAGCAAAAUCAGGAAUUUGAGCCAGACUCACAACAAUUGGAUCUGACACACGCGAGUAAUCAGCAAUCAGAAGACUUUACGCAACAUGAUGAAGAUUUCACGCAGCAGACAGAAGGUCAACUCGAAUUCGGCCAGCAAACUGUCGACGAUCAGCAUCUAAAUGAUUUCACAGAGCAAAGUGAACAAUUUGCACAACAGACGCAAGGAUCUAACCAUCUUACACAAACGAGUGAUAAACUCAAUUCUGGACAGCAAAUUGUUGACGAUAAGCAUUUAGAUGAUUUAACACAACAAAAUGAACAAUCCACGCAGGAGGCAGAGGGUCAACUCGAAUUCGGACAGCAAACUUUGCAUAAUCAACAUAUGACACAGCACAACGAACAAUUUACGCAACAAGAAUCUAAUGAUCGCACGCAACAAGCAAAUAAAUUCGAAUUUGGACAGCAAAUUGUUGGUGAUAAGCAUUUAGAUGAUUUAACACAACAAAAUGAACAAUUAACACAGGAGACAGAGGGUCAACUCGAAUUCGGACAGCAAACUGUUGAUAAUCAACAUCUGACACAGCACAGCGAACAAUUUUCGCAGCAAGAAUCUAAUGAUCACACACAACAAACAAGUAAACUCGAAUUUGGACAGCAAACUUUCAAUGAUCAGCAUCUGACACAGCACAACGAACAAUUAAUGCAGCAAAACUAUGAUGAUCUCUCGCAACAAACGAGUGGUAAACUUGAAUUCGGUCAGCAAACUGUUGGCAAUCAACAUUUAGAAGAUCCAAAGCAACAAGCUGAACAAUUUGAGACAGCGAGAUCCGACGAUUACACGCAACAGACGGUAGGUAAAUUGGAAUUUGGACAGCAAACAGAUGACACUCAGCAAUUAACGCAACAAACCGAACAUUUUGUGCAACGAGCUGCAAGAUCCAAAGAUUUAACGCAACGAACAAGCGGUAAACUCGAAUUCGGACAGCAGACUAUUAAUAAUCAACACAUGGAAGACUCAACACAGCAAACUACCGGUAAACUAAAAUUGCAAUCGAUAGAUAAACUUGUUAAUCCAAAAAAUCAACAUUUAGAGGAAUUUGACAGUGAAGAUUUCUCUCAACAGGCGAGAGGACACGAUGAUUUUACGCAACAGAUAAUGGGUCAACUAGAAUUUGGACAGCAACAAUCCAAUAAUCCAAAGGUUGGUCAACAUUCGGAAGAUUUUACUCAGCCGGAUGAAGACUUAACCCAACAGAUUGGAGGAUUUGACGAUUUCACCCAGCAAGGACGCUUGGAAUAUGGACAACAAAGAGAGCAAUCGCAGAAACCUGGCUGGCCAGGAUACAAUACUCGACACCCGGAACAUUUUUCUCAACAAGAUGAGUGGAAUACAGAUGAUCUUUCACAACAAUCGCAUCAAUAUCCGUCCUAUGGUAAUAAUAAUAAUGAACAGUCAGAAUGGCAAUUGGAUAUGUCGCAGAAAACGGAGCAAGAUUUUACUCAACAAAACGAUGAUCGUCAAUUCGCGACAAAACCGGCACCGGCACCAAAACCAAAGCCGAGACAGAGACAUCAGAAACACGACUCCAUUCCACCGCAUACAGAUGGUACAGAUACGAAUCUCAAUAAUAUUUUUGAACCGAUUGAAGUAAACCCGGAAACUGAUAUAGAUAAUCUCCAGGGAAAAACUGGCCAACACAGCAGUCGUUUGACACAUUCCAGAUCUGAUCAUCGUAGAUCGAAUAUUCCAUACGCACAAAGUCAAGGAAGCAGUGUAUUUGACAACGAAAAAGAAAACAUGGAUCGCUUGCAUUGGGUACAUAAAUCGAACGAUGCUACAGUAGGCCUGCAAUGGCAUUACACUUAUCAUCCAAGCGAUCUAACUAACAUCGAAAGUUCACACAACAGUUAUUAUCCACAUAAUGUCAACUCGAUGUCGCAGCAAACGGAAGAUGCACAGCAGCAAGAACAAUUGAGACCAUUUAACUUUAGUCAACAGGAGACACAAGAUAAGCAUACAUUUGAAGAUGCCCAUGUUUCUCAAACAUCGCAAGAUCGACACAACGAACAUCAUCAACAGCUAGAAUCAUUUCAACAAACUGAAACAUCCCACUUUGACAGUCAGUUUAAUCAAAAUUCUGAACAAACCCCAUUAAGGGUAAUACCGUUGCAAAAUUUGCAACAGACGGAAACUACAGAACAGACAGAACUCAAAAUAGAGUCGCGAAUUUUGGAAGCAUACGGCGGAGGACCAUAUCAUGCGUCCCGUGACGAUGACAUUUAUAGGAGAGUCAGGCCAAAUCCCAGCGCUACUUUGCCACCCCUUGGUGGUGAGGACCCAUGGGAUAUCAGGGAAAAGCCAAGGGAGAUAAUACCAUGGACAGUAGUAACUACAUUGCCCGCAGCAAAUACGCCAAAUGUCAGGGAUGCAACUACAACAGAAGAGACAGAGAUUACAACGCAGAUAAUAGAGGGUACGACAGUGGAAGCACCACCGUCCUUCUGGAAUAGACUUGGACAUAAAAUAACCAGAACAUAUGAUAAAGCUAAGGAAAAAGCUAAAGAGUACUUUGGUUAGGUAUCUCUCAUGUUCUUUCUACUUAUUUAAAAAUUAGUUAUUUAUGCGUAACAAAAUUUUUCUAUUCUAAUUUUUAAUAUAUUGAAUUGUUACAUUUGUAACUAUCAGUAAUAUUUGCAGUUACUGAUGAUAUCAAGGCAAAGGCAAGAAACAUAUAAUCAUGGUAUCAUAAGUUUACCAUUUUAACAUAUUCUGAAUUAGUAUUAUAAAACAUUAUAUUACUAUAAGAUAUUUUUCACACAUUUUUUGUAAGUAAAAAUAUAUUAAUAUCAAAUCUGUUUUAUAUAAUAUCAAGAUACAGAAACAAAUUUUCCAUUCUGUAUCUUUAAAUAUUUUUUCACACAACAUCUAUAUAUUUUUUUCACAAAAUAUUAUUUUAUCAAUGAUUCAAAUAUAGAUACAAGUAAAAUUUAGUAAAGAUACAAAUACAUAAACAAAGAAAA